AUGCAGUUGGAAAAGAGAAUAAUUUUAUAUAUUCUAUGUACAUUCGCAAGAUCUAUAUUGGAGGUUCGUACAGAAUCUUCAGACGAAAGCAAUGAUGAAAGUUUAAACUACGUGGACGAAAACGGAGUCAGCCAUGUAAUGAACUUCUCUGAAAUACCACAAGACACGACCGAGAUGUUAUUAGGCGACACAUAUUUCUACUUAUAUACAAGGCGUAAUCCAAUGAAUCCUGAGCCACUCGAAAUUCCUGAAGGAAAUUCAUUAUUGACAAGCACAUACUUUAACAAAUCAAAUGACAUAAGAGUCAUCACUCACGGUUGGAUCACCAGAGAGAAUGUAACCUGGCUACAGAAUAUGAAAAAUAGUUUCCUAAAAGAGUACGAAUUGAAUGUUAUAACCGUCGACUGGAAUGAGCUGUCCAGAAAUAUAAUUUAUCCCUUCGCCGCUUGUAGUACACGAUACGUCGGAAAAAGGGUUGCUAAGCUCCUUGACGCUUUAAUAAAAACAUUUAAUGUAAAUGGUGACAAUAUACACUUAAUCGGACACAGUUUAGGAGCUCAUGUUAUGGGUUACGCGGGCAUGUUUUGCACAGAAAAGGUUUCCCGUAUUACAGGUCUCGAUCCAGCACGGCCCUUGUUUGAAGUCCCUGACAUGAUGGACGACUUUAAAUUAGAUUAUAGUGAUGCAAAGUAUGUUGACAUAAUACACACUUGUAGCGGAGUUUACGGUUACGGGGAGAGUCACGGCCACGCAGACUUUUAUCCUAACAACGGAACGUAUCCUCAACCUGGCUGUAGUGAAAAAAAGUUCGCAGCUGCAUGCAGUCACGGCCGGGCCUAUGAAUACUUCACUGAAUCUAUCGAGUAUCAAUCUAACGUCGGUUUUAUUUCCUUUCCUUGUUCAAGCUGGGAAAAAUAUGAAAAUGGCGAAUGUACUGAAAAUCCCACUGCGAUGGGAUACCUGUCUGGGUUCGAGAGCCGAGGCGACUACUACUUACAUACAAAAAAUGAAUCCAAGUAUUCCCUAUAA